AUGCCAUCAGCGGAAACACGCAAGCUUGAUGAUAUUGCAAAGAUGAUUGUCUGCAAAACUCAUAUUGGUACAAAGAAUGUUGAAGAUAAGAUGUUAUCAUAUGUUUAUAAGAGAACUCAUGAGGGGAUCUUUUUGAUAAAUUUAGCGAAGACUUGGGAGAAAAUUCAAUUGGCAGCUCGUAUCAUUGUUACUAUUGACAAUCUUGCAGACGUUGUUGUGGUGUCCCAAAGACCCUAUGGAUCUAGACCAGCACUGAAAUUUGCUCAGCACACAGGAGCCCAUGCUAUGGUUGGACGAUUUACACCUGGUACACUAACUAAUCAGAUUACCCAGAAAUUUAUGGAACCUCGUCUAUUAAUUGUUACAGACCCACGUGUAGACUCUCAAGCUGUAAUUGAAAGCUCCUAUGCAAAUAUCCCCGUAAUUGCCUUAUGUGAUACUGACUCUCCAUUACAAUAUGUAGAUGUUGCUAUUCCAUGUAAUAAUAAGGGUAAGGAGUCUAUUGCCUUGAUGUACUAUCUAUUAGCUCGUGAAGUUAAUUUCUUAAGAGGUAAAACUGACAAAUGGGAAGUAAUAGUUGAUGUAUUCUUUUGGAGAGAUCCUGAGGAAUAUGAUAAUAAUUCUGCAGCAGUUGCAGAUUUGGAAUUAGCUGAUGGUAUAGGAGCUGACAUUGAAGGUCCUAAUGUAGAAGCUGGAGCAUCUGCAGUAGAAUGGAGUGGAGCAACUGGCAAUUGGAGUGCUGCAGCUGCAGAUGAAUGGAGAAAUGCACCAUAA